CUAGCGUUCCGGAAAAAUAAUCGCUAGGCUGCGAUCACAGACCUGAGUUUUUAAAAGCAUCUCUUGUUUCCGGUAACGCUUUUUCAUGAUACACACCUGUGAAUGUUAUUGUCUACCUGUUCUUAUCUACCUAUCUGGUGAUAAAAUGACCAUGGUUUCAUUCCAACAUAUCCACGUGUAACUUUUCUAUGGAAUUUGUCAGCAUAUUCCUGAAGCUUUUAAAGAAGCAACACGACAGACGUUUACAAACAUGUCUUUUAUUAAACAUGUGUUUAUAGUUUCCUGUGUUGUGGGCGGGGUCGCCUUUCUGCUAUCCCUAAACGUAUUCAAACAUCAGAGAGAUCAGUUUAUAUCAUACAUUCCACAAAGCAUCAAAGACCGUAUAUUUGGAAGCCCCGAGUCACAAUUCAAGGGCAGACUUUUCACGGUGGAGGAGUUGGGAAAAUAUCGAGGCAACGAUGGAGGCGACAUUUACUUGGCUGUUCUGGGACAAGUGUUUGACGUCACAAAGGGCAGAAAGCACUAUGGACCGGGAGGAACCUAUCACUUCUUCACAGGAAAUGCGGGUACCAGAGCCUUCGUGUCGGGGGAUUUUACAAAGGAAGGAUUAAAAGAGGACAUCACUGGCCUAUCUCUCAGGGACAUCCAAGGAUUAGCCGGCUGGGUGGACUUCUACCAUGAGCAGUACACAUAUCUAGGGAAAUUAAUUGGACAUUUUUAUGACGAAAAUGGCAACCCCACCGAAGCCAUGGCGGAAUUCAAGCGAAAACACGAGGAAGCACUACAGAAACAGAAGGAGGAGAACGAGGAUCUGAGAAAAUUCCCACCAUGCAACUCGGAGAACAAAGUCGGCAUCAGCAGACGACUGUGGUGUACGGAGAAUAGUGGUGGCAUAAAACGAGAUUGGACCGGAGUACCAAGGCAAUAUUUUCAACCAGGACAUUCACAAGCACGUUGCGCAUGCGUGAGAGAUAAAGGUCCUCCAUCUUUCGGUACCAGUGCUUCCAACAAUGGCGACUUAGAUAAUCCAAACAUGAAGGUGUACGAUGGAUGUGAACCAACUGCAACAUCAUGUAAUUUCAAAGAUUAAAAGAAAACUCAAAAUUA